UGUCGUGACGUCACAUUUAAGCGACUCGUGAUCGGCUGACAUCAAUAAGACAGCGACGUCACCGUAAAAGGUCUAUACCGAUUUAUUCGCUCUUUGAUAAAGCAUGGCGGCCCCACCAAUGUGGGACGAGCACCAGGCGUAUGAAGAGCUGCUGUACUGGGACAGUCUGAUCCAACAGGGCCACCGGCUGCUGCCGCCAGACUUUGACAGAUACGAGGAGCUGCGGUACUGGUACGACUGUCUGUGCUACGAGGAGGAGCUGAGGCAAUACCACGACUACAUCGCUGCUAUCGAGGAGAUUGAGGAUCAACGUCAUCAUGAGGAAACUCAAAUCCCCCGGUCACACACAGGGCCAUAUGAUCGCCUUGUGAUGGCGAAACACUCUGAAGUGUACCCCUCACCAGAGGAGCUGGAGGCGGUGCAGACAAUCGUCUCACACGUGGAAUGUGCCCUGAAAUCCGUUUCUGACCAGGUGGAUACUCUAAAAGAUGUCAAAGAAACUACAGAGGCAGUAAAUGCAAGUGAUGGUGCGCAAGAGCGUGUCCUUCGUGGUGUCAUGAGGGUCGGGCUGGUGGCCAAAGGACUGCUGCUGAAGGGGGACAAGGACCUGGAACUUGUGCUGCUUUGCUCCAACAAACCCACAAUUACUCUGCUUAAACAAGUGGCUGAAAAGCUAACUGCCCAGUUAGAGACCAUUUCAGCUGGGACAUAUUCAGUAAACCCGUGUCCAGGAGAUGCAGGCAUUGUUGUGACAAGCACCAAGGAGUCAGCCCUGACUCUCAUUAUCCACCUGACAUCACCUCUUGUCAGAGCAGAGCAAGAGAGUAAAACUGCUGAAGAAGAAGAAGAAAUGCGAACAGUCAACGAUCCGCCGGACGUUCUGGACAGGCAGAAAUGCCUAACUGCCUUGGCGUCUCUCCGCCACGCCAAGUGGUUCCAGGCGAAAGUCAACGACCUGACUUCUGCUGUCAUUGUGAUCCGGAUCUUGAGGGACUUGUGUAUCCGUGUUCCUACGUGGACGCCCCUCUCAGGAUGGCCUCUUGAACUGCUGGUAGAGAAGGCUAUUAGUACAUCUGAGAGACCAAUGGGAGCGGGAGAGUCUCUUCGCAGGGUUUUGGAGUGCGUUGCUUCUGGAAUCCUCUUGGAAGAUGGUCCUGGAAUUAAAGAUCCAUGUGAGAAGGACCCGGUCGGUGCCACUGCAUACCUGACUGUGCAGCAAUGUGAAGACAUCACACAGAGUGCUCAGUUUGCCUUGAGGCUGUGUGCAUUUGGACAGAUGCACAAGGUGUUGGGGAUGGACAGUAAACUUAUCAAGCCACGGAAAUUGAUGGGAGCCGGCGGCAAAGAUGGCGCAGCCCAGAUAGCCGGACACUUCAGCCUGCCACCUAAGAGAUCUUACUCAGAGGUGGAGAAGGAAGAGGACGAGCCCCAUCUCAACAGCAAACAGAGGAAGUUUCUCAAGUUCCAGAAGCGUUUUCAGAGGAAAUCAUUCACCGAUGAUCUUACCAUGAAUGCUGUGAUGCGUCUGAACCAGUACAGACCCGGCCUGGAGUACCGACUGACGUCCCAAACUGGUCCAGUCCAUGAGCCGGUCUUUACGAUGGCUGUUGACCUAAAUGGGAAAACUUACGAGGCGACAGGGCCUUCAAAGCGUGCCGCCAAACUGAACGUAGCCACCAAGGUCCUGCAAGAUCUCGGUCUUCCAAUAGGUUCAGAAUCUAAAUCAGAGUCCAGUGGUGAUGCUGAAGGAAGCCAGGAAUCGGUUAAAGCUGCUACGAGUUCCACUACAUCAGAAGAUACUGGUCAGGGUCCCAUCUUGACUAAAAAUGGCAAGAAUCCUGUGAUGGAGCUGAAUGAGAAGCGCCGCAGCCUGAAGUAUGAGCUUUCUGCAGAGACGGGAGGCUCCCAUGAAAAGUGCUUUGUCAUGGAGGUGGAAGUCGAUGGGCAGAAGUUUAAAGGAAGAGGCUCUAAUAAGAAGGAAGCUAAGGCCUACGCUGCCCUCGCUGCUCUAGAGAAGCUCUUCCCAGAUGACAGCGGAGUGUCAAACAUCAACAGAAAUGUUUCAAAGAAGAAGGUCACCUACACCGACAUGCACAUCCCAGGGUUCGGCACCAUCCGCGGCAUUCCUUCAGACUCUGGGUCCCGUGGUUGGGGUCCCAACAGGGGAGGUCGAGGACGGGGCCGAGGCAAACCGUUUCCCUCAGGACCCAGCUACAACAAGACCAACUACAGUUAUGAGAGCAGCACUGGCUCUGGCUAUCAUAAACUAUAUGGAAAUAACGCAGCCACGGCUAAACCCACCGGCCCCAGCGUCUCAGGCAGCAGCGUCGGCUACGGCACCUUUUACCCCGAGAGCAGCGCCACCUUCUCAUCCCCACCAGCCUCCAGCACCAACAACAGCACCACGAAGGCAGAAAGCUACCAGUCCAUGCCUCCUCCCGCCGAUCAGGAGAGUCCGUACAGCUACGGGUACGGAGACGAGAAGAAGAAGAUGCUGACCCAAAGUCAGAGCGAGGGCCAGAGUGGCGGAGGAGAUUAUUCUAUGUACAGCACUGCUUACCCCAGCUCGGUGACCGGGGGACAGGGGUAUAAUAAUAGUUAUGGCUGGGGGGGAAACCAGUCGUCUUGGGGGAAUCAGCAGGGAUAUGGUUUAUAUCAGGGCUUCGGAGGACAGAACCAAGGCUCAUACUCUGGAUACAAUGACAUGAAUUACUGAUCAUCACGCCAUUCUCAGCCCGUCUCACCUCACUCUGACUCGGAUUCUUCACCCCUGAUGAUGAUCUGAGUUCCUGCUUCUGAAAAGGAAAACAAAAAAUAGCUGAGUUGUUUUCUCUGAAACUGGAAUGUUUAUUUUAUUUUUAGUUAUCUUUUCACUCUGCACCUCGGUUGUUCUUUCACAUCUGGUGAAACAGUAGCCUGUUAGCCAUUUCAUCUUUUAUCUCUACAACAUCCUUCACAUCCACGCUGACAUGAGUGUUGUGUUUUUUUUUUAAUCUAGUGGACUGGUUCUGUAUCAUUAUAUGGUUUUUGGUUUAAAGCUGCUUGUAAUUUUGAGCUAACGUUUUCUUUUCUGUGUCUUGAUGAACGCUCUAAUCCUUGUUGUAAAAAUAAAUGACUCUUAUUUUGGAGCAAA